CUGAGCACUAUCAUAUUCUUCUUUUUGUUUUGGUUUCUUUCUAAAUCAAAUUAAGGUGAGUCACCUCACCUUGGGCCUGAGUUGGACAGAAAUCUAUUCUUGGCUAUAUUCCCCACCCCUCCACCACCUUGGAACCUUAUAGAACUUUAUGUGGUUCAGGAAAAUGAGGGCGAGGCCUCAGAUCUUCAACCCAUGACAGCUGUAUGCCCAGCUCCCUGCCUUCCUGUCUCACCCCCAGCUAGGGCACAGGACCGACUAUUGUGCUCAGAGAGGUGCCAGAGCCUGUAACAACCCCAGACUUCCCAGGUCCAGCCACAUCCACCCCAGAGCCCCAAAAGAUGAUCUUCAGAGAGACCUUUAAAACACAAUUAGCUGGUCACUUCCAUCCAGACCGGAACCCAAGAUGGCUGCGCUCUUGCUGAGACAUGUUGGUUGUCAUUGUCUCCGAGCCCACUUUAGCCCUCAGCUCUGUACCAGAAAUGCUGUUCCUUUGGGAAUCACAGCCAAAGAAGAGAUGGAGAGGUUCUGGAAUAAGAACACAAGUUCAAACUGUCCCAUAUCUCCCCACAUCACUAUCUACAGUUGGUCUCUUCCCAUGGCGAUGUCCAUCUGCCACCGUGGCACUGGUAUUGCUUUGAGUGCUGAUGUGGGAGCUAGGAAAAGGCCUGAAGAUUCCCCAGCUAUACCAAUCUGGAGUGGUUGUCCUGGUUCUUACUGUACUGUCCUCUGUAGGGCUGGCAGCCAUGUGAAGAACAGAGGUUCCCAGCAUCAUCUUCCUACACAUUAUUACAUUCACCCAUCUUUCUGUUUCUCACUUUUAUCUCCAGCCUGGGAAAAGUUCUCCUUAUUUGUUUAAAUCCUUUUGUGCUUUUAGAUCCCCUUGGAGCAGUAGAGUGUACCUUGUAGACCGUAAGAGUGGAAAAGGGUCUAGUUUUCCCCUUGUUUCUAAAGAUGGGGUGGCUGAAAAAACUCCCCUUUUUUGCCUACAGCUUGCCUACUCUGGGCCUAGAAGUGGUUAUUCUGUCUCCAUAUUGGCCUUUGAUUUGUGCUGAGGGUCAGCUUUUGGCUCCUUCUUCCCGAGACAGUGGAAACAAUGCCAGCUGUGUGGCUUCUGCCCUGGGGGCUGGGGGUGAGGCUUUGGGUGCCACUGCCUGUGGGUUGCUGGCUUAAAGGACAAUUCUGUUCACUGGUGAGAGCCCAGGCCAUUAACACCUACACAGUGUUAUUGAAAGAAGAGAGGCGGGGGUGGAGGGGAAUUAGUCUAUCCCAGCUAGAGGGAGAUAAAGAGGGCUAGUUAGUUCUUGGAGCAGCUGCUUUGAGGAGAAAAUGUAUAGCUUUUGACACAAGCAGAAGAUCCAGAAAAUUAUCAUUGAACAUAUUAAAGGUUAUUUCUUUUUCUUGCAAAACACACACACACACACACACACACACACGAACACACGCAGCUGAUGAUUCUACUCUCCCAGCCCCAGCCCUGAAGGGGACCCAGAACUCCCUGCACAAAGGCUGCCCUUCAAGGGGAGGG